AUGUCUGUCCGGAGACACAUUGGGAAUCCUGAGUAUUUGACCAAAAGGAUACCACAGAGCCCGAAAUAUCAGCAUGUCAAGUCAAGACUGGACACUGGACAGGUCUACAGCGGGCAACCUGCCAACAGCCAUUAA